CUUCAAGUGGCCAAGGUUGAGAAACACUGUAGCGUGUAGCAGCGCGUGGCUCUUCCCGUGGAAGUUGCUGUUCCGUUUGCAAAGGAAGCGGCUUGGGGUCCUUAUUGCCGAAGGGAUCGGAGCUAACAAAGCCGCCUCUCUAUUUUCGGAUAGUUCUACAGUCGUGACCGAGGCCAGUGACGUUUUCAGCCGAAGGAGGGCGAGGAAAGGAGGGCGGAAUCGGCUUUUCUUCCCCUUGCAGGAGAGGAAGCGGCUUUCCAGCUUUGGCGCCCCCGCCACUCCUCCUCCGGCAGCGGCGUUCACAGGAUCAUCGCUGGCGGCGGAUCUCGCUCGGGCUAUGCCGGCCCCGCUCGGUCUGCGCGUGGUGGCGGAGUGCGGGCAGAGCAGGGCCCGGGCUUGUGAGCUGCGGCUGCCGCAUGGCGUGGUGGACUGCCCGGUCUUCAUGCCCGUCGGCACGCAGGGGACCAUGAAAGGGCUCACCGCCCUGCAGCUGGAGGCGCUUGGGUGCCGCCUGUGCUUGGGCAACACCUAUCACCUGGGCAUGCGACCCGGACCAGAGCUGAUCGAAAAAGCGAAUGGACUCCAUAGCUUUAUGAACUGGCCAAGGAACCUGCUCACAGAUAGUGGUGGUUUUCAGAUGGUGUCUUUGGUGGAGUUCUCCAAGGUGACAGAGGAGGGAGUGCAUUUCUGUUCUCCUUAUGAUGGGAAGCCGAUUCUGCUCACACCCGAAAAAUCCAUCGAAAUACAGAAUGCUCUUGGCUCCGACAUUAUAAUGCAGUUGGAUGACGUGGUCAGCAGCACCGUGAGUGGGCCACGCGUGGAGGAAGCCAUGUUGAGGUCUAUUCGCUGGUUGGACAGAUGUAUUGCGGCACACAGCAAACCUCACCAGCAGAAUUUAUUUGCUAUUAUUCAGGGUGGGCUGGAUCCCAUCCUCCGAAAGAAAUGUCUGGAAGAGAUGACUAAACGAGAUGUUCCAGGCUUUGCUAUUGGGGGCCUGAGUGGUGGUGAGGCCAAAGACCACUUCUGGAGGAUGGUGGCCCUCAGCACAAAACGUCUCCCGAGGAACAAGCCUCGCUACCUUAUGGGAGUUGGUUAUGCUACUGAUCUGGUGGUGUGUGUAGCCCUGGGCUGCGACAUGUUUGACUGUGUCUAUCCCACAAGGACAGCCCGCUUCGGUUCAGCUUUGGUCCCUUGGGGCUCCCUGCAGCUGAAGAACAAGCAAUAUUCCAAGGAUUUCAGGCCCAUUGAUGAAAACUGUUCUUGCCCUACCUGCCAGAGAUACAGUCGAGCUUUCUUGAAUGCUCUCUAUCCUAUCGAUUCGGCUGCCAAGCACCACAUUACCAUCCAUAAUAUUGCCUACCAGAUGAACUUGAUGCGUUCGAUCCGCGAGAGUAUAACUGAGCAAAGGUUUCCACAGUUUGUUCAGAGUUUCAUGAGGACUAUGUACGGGAACCCCAGCAACUACCCCCAGUGGGCUACGGAGGCGCUGGCCUCGGUUGGAAUUAACCUGGAGUGAGAGACAUCAAGAGACACUCCGGAUCCCAGACCCAGCCUGGCUUUCCCGAACAAUUACUCGGGUAGUGAUAAAACUUGAAAACUUCUCUCCAAGGAGUGGUGGAGAAAAGUUGAGUUCCUUCCCUGGCAGUCUAUCCCAAUGGUCUUGUCACAGUCGUUGGAGCUUAAAUUAAAUGUGUCCAGAAGUUCUCUGGUGUAUCUCUUUUGUAGUUCCAGCUGAUAUUUUAAACUUCUCAUUAAAUUCUCUACAAUUAAUUUAUCCUGGCUAAAUGGUUUGUUUGAAUGUGUAAAAUAACCUCAGUGCAUUCUGUUUAAAACUUAUCAGCUUAACUUUGUAUCGUUGCCCUUGGGCUGUCGUAAAAGCUUUAUUUAAUAACAAAGGGAAAUAUAGAAGGAAGAUAAAAAUAAAGAAGAGAGAUGAGUACAUAUGUAA